GCUCCGCUUCGGAAAAAAGUUAAAUAUUUUCAGAAUGUGUUUCACCGUGUACAUUAUCUGUGCCAUUGCAUUGGCAGGUCUUGUAGAUCCCAACUAUGCUGCAAACGACGACCAAAAAAACGUUGAAAUUAAAUCUAAGAAAACAAGCAAAUUGGUGGGUGUUGAUGAUCUUAAACCUGAACAAGUCUUGUCCGGAAAGGAAGGUAUAGGUAAUACUAAAUGGAUUCUAGUCAAAGUAGCUACAUUUGGUAGUCAAAAACAUCCUAUAUAUGUAAUCGAAGCGAAAGAUAACCCAGAAUUAAUUUGGGCCACCAAGUCAGAAUCAUGUGAAGACCCAGAAAUAAUGUUAGUUAAUAAACCACAAGUAAUACAAAAAAGUCAACGUUUUCCCAUGAUUACAAAGAAUCAGACAAGCAAAAUUUACUCCGAACAGUGUGGAAAAGAUAACUGUGUUAGCAUUGACGAAACAUCGAUGGAAAUAAAUUUGAACAGUGGUUGUUAUGGAGAUAUAGAAUUUAAUGUAAUUGAAAAUUAAGUUUUUAUUUUUGGAAUGUGCUAAUUAUUAAAAAUCAUACAAUAUACAGAA